AUGGAUUCCUUCUCCUUUGCUUGGGGGUUGUCUUCAGACCAAGAAGCAACCUGGAAUGCUGAGCUCUUUGUUGGCGUUGUGGCAUUGUGUGGUGCUCUCCUGGCUUUCCUGUGGACACUCUAUGACUCCCUGCCCUCAUCCACUCGGGGAUGGAUUUGGAGAUACCUAUGGCUUUCACGAAGACCUACCGUACCAACAGAAUUUAUUGUUCCGUACUAUCGCAACUCGAGAUUCGUUGGAAGAGUAGAAAUACUCGAUCAAGUCAAGCGAAAGCUCAUUAUCCCCUCAAAACGGGGCAUAUUCAAGACACGGGGGAUAGCACAACCACGAGUCUGCUUGUACGGACCUAAUGGUGUUGGGAAAACCCAAAUCGCUCUGCAUCAUGCCUACUCCCUCAAAGAAAGACAGCCGGAUACAUCAAUAUUCUGGGUUCAGGCCAACAACAUAGAACAGCUUUACGAGUCAUACGCCUCCAUCGCCCAGAAAUGCAACAUUCCUGGAUCCUCAGAUAUAGGAUUCAACCCUCUAGAUCUUGUCCCAUGGUGGCUAGAGAAAAAGGCCAAAUCACCAUGGCUCAUCGUUGUCGACGGCGCCGAUGACAUAGAGUCGUUCUUCCAGACAGACCAGGGGAAGAGAAUGGCAGGCCUUGCCAAUGCGGACGAUACGAAACAACAUGACAUAGCGACGUACAUGCCCAAGUGCAGCCACGGGGCUAUCCUCUUUACCACGACGAAUCCUGAGUCCAGCCUUUUCACAAGGACGUCGAUGAUAGAGGUUGGCGAAUUAAACAAACAUGAGGCGAGCCAAUUGAUACGAAACGCUCUGCGUUAUUCAGAUCCUCAAGAGGAUGUGUAUCUCCUCUCGCUUCGGCUCGGCUACAUGCCACUUGCCAUCACCUUGGCGAUCUCAUAUAUUAGAACGAACACAAUCUCCAUCGAGGACUACAUCGACCUCCUAAGGCGAGUCCGGCCUAGCGUGAUCGACCUACGCGAUUCACUCGAUGCAACAGAUCCCAAGGAGCCAAAGCUACCACCAGAAGUCACUGCCACGUGCCUCAUCUUGUUACAGAAGCUAGAGCGCGAAGACGACUUUACAAAUGAACUUCUCCAGCAUGUCAGUUUAUUUUAUCACCAGGGAAUUCUACGGGUCUUUCUCAGUCGAUAUCCAACAGCAGAGUCACCCGACCCAAUGUCAACUGACGCUUCACUGAGCAAACUCAAGAAGAGCUCUGCCUUGUUGGGGAGAGACGACGACAUUCUUGAGAUGCACAGACUGGUUCGGCUCGUCAUCCAGAAGCUGCUGCUGCAUAAGGGGGAGAUGGUCAGAGCCGCCGAUAAAGCCAUGUCAGCGUUCUGGUGGUCUUACCCGUACGGCCAGCCCAUCGCGCAUUCGGCCCUUGCCACCUAUCUCUUGAAUGCAUUUUCCAUAUUCCAAUGCUACGAAGAGUUUUCUUGGGUAACUAAGGCACAGAAACUAGCUUUGAAGCAAACUCUCGAGGUGUAUUUUGAAUCCAGAGGAAGAUGGGACGACAUGGCGAUGCGGUAUGCUCAAAAAGUCGUCCAAAGCGUGGAGAAACUAGGCGAAGAGCACUCAGAAACACUGGACAUUAUGAGCAAGCUGUCCUUCGUUUACAUGCAUCAACGCCGAUGGAAAGAGGCUGAGAUGUUACAAUCCUAUCUGCUGGAAGUUAAAUGUGUGGUUCUGGGCGAUGGUGAGCUUUCCACAGCGAUGAGCAGAGAGAGUCACAGAUUCACAUCCUCAAAAAGAUGGCAGGUGAAGGAGUACACAGCUCUUCUGCUAAGAGAUAUUCCAGUGAAAGGUAAGGAAAAGGCGCAUUCUCCCAUGCUGGCAGCUCGACUGCCUGGGACUGGAUUUCCGUGGGCAGCGUUGAAGCAGGACAUUCUAGCCAACGGGGAGAACAAGCGACCCUCUAAUCUGCCACAACUAGUCGACAACAUCUCAAACAGGAUACCAGUUCUUGGAUCCCCCUCGGUCCCCGAAGGACAAGCUCGGGUUUGCUGGACCUGUUCUUGUGGGCAACAGCUCUUUGAUGACUUCUCAAGCUCAACUCCCGAGUCCCUACAAGCCUUGCAGCAAAAUCUACAGAAUCACGACCUGUCAUCUGGCGAGGCUCAACACAGUGGUAGCUCUUCCAGCCAAGGUCCAACAGGCCGUCCCAACCUCACAUGGCCAUGGCCAACAUUUAUGCCUGGGAAUAACUUCAACAAGUUCUUACGACGGAAGAAAGAAGAAGCAACUACUCUUCCCAUGCAUACCAGUUCACAAACCCGGCAGCCCGCGGUCGACACAACCCCGUGUCUCUUAAUGUGCAUCGAUCAAGGCCGUCAUUUUACAGGACUUUACCAACCUGUGCUACAAAACGUCGAGGAUGACACACAGCUCUUCCAGUUUCUACGAGAGAAAGUUUCCCGGCAUCGAGGUAUCGGGUCAUGGUUUACAUUCAGGAGUGUCAGCGCGAUUUCUCUAACCAGAUUUGAAGCAGACAACAGCCAAUUUGCUGAAGUCCACCGCCACAAGGAAAUCUGUGGAAAAGACUGCGUGUGCAUUCCCCCACCUGAAAGAGUCCGAAAUGACGAAUACGAUUGUUCGCCAUCACCAACAGUCAAACCAACCCAAGUUCCCGUCAUCGGCACAAACCGUCUAACCCACUACUUUCUAAAGCCUCAUGCGUUCCACGGACCUCAAAGAACGAUACUCGACCAGUUACCGAAAAGGGCACGGGGACCAUUGAGCACUUCACAAGACAGGAUGCAACUUGGGUGGGGUAUUCACAUCCAGGAGGGCUGGCAUUGGAGGUCCAUCUACUUUGUCGUGCUGUUGGUCUUUGUCAUCGGAGGACUUGUUUUCGGAAUCGCCUGGUCCGUUGCCAAGAAAGAUAUCCAGAGUGCGUUUUCUAUCGCAGCUACCUGGGUGGCGAUGGCUCCUUUGUUAUUUGGGUGGAUUGCGGUCAGAGAUUUGCAAUAG